AUGGAACUCAUAAAUCCAAAACUGAAUUUGAAGAUGGAAACUGAUCAAAAUUCAAAUAAUAUUAUGUUGUUGUAUUAUCAUCAACUGUUUAUUAGCUUCUUGUUCAUUUCUCUCUCUUUUCGACCAAUUUCUUCAGCAACACCACCCAACGGUCUCAUUACAGACUCGCAACACCUCAUUUCCUUCAAGAAUUCACUCCCCAACCCCACUCAACUUCGCGACUGGGUGUCCACAAUCAGCCCUUGCAAUUUCACCGGUGUCUUCUGUAAAAAUUACAGAGUCUCCUCUAUAGACCUGUCGGGCUCACCUCUCAAUACGGAUUUCUCCUUGGUGGCCAAUUUUUUGUUGGGCAUCCAGAACUUGGAGUCCCUUGUGCUGAAAAAUACCAACCUCAGUGGUGGACUCACUUCUAUUUCAAGAUUAACGUGCACUGGUUUCUUGAAUUCGAUAGAUCUAGCGGAAAAUGGCAUUUCAGGGCCUGUCACUGAUAUUUCAAGCCUUGGAGUUUGCUCUGGUUUGGCGUUUCUCAAUCUCUCCAGGAAUUUCAUGGACCCUUUUGUCAAGGAAACUACCGGAGGCUUCCCCGCACGAUUAUCAUCAUUACAUGUUCUUGACAUAUCGUACAAUAAUAUUUCGGGUCAAAACGUGGUUUCUUGGCUUUUAUCGAAUGAAUUUGCUGAGCUUCAGCACCUGUCUUUGAAGGGCAAUAAAGUGGCAGGGAGUUUGCCUGAGUUGAAUUUCAAGAAUUUGAUGUAUUUGGAUCUUUCAACGAAUAAUUUUUCCUCCAAAUUCCCACGCAUAGAUGACUGCUUGAAAUUGCAACACCUGGACUUAUCUUCCAAUAAAUUCUUUGGCGAUGUUGCGGAUUCACUUUCUAGUUGUGGAGAGCUUAGUUUCCUUAACCUCACCAACAACCGCCUCACAGGCACAGUUCCAAAGCUGCCAAGUGGGAGUAUGCAGUAUCUUUAUCUUCAGGAGAAUGGAUUUCAGGGUUUUUUCCCACCUUUUCUCUCUGAUUUAUGCUCAACCAUUGUGGAGUUGGAUCUGUCCUUCAAUAAUUUGACUGGUUCUGUUCCAGAAAGCCUUGGUACAUGCUCUGCUUUGGUACUUCUUGAUAUCUCCAACAAUAAUUUCUCCGGUGAGUUGCCUAUUGAUACACUCUUGAAAUUGAGUAAUUUGAAGACUUUGAGGUUGUCCUCCAAUAAUUUUAUUGGUUCUUUGCCCGAUUCUUUCUCAAAGUUGGUAAAUUUGGAGACUUUAGAUGUGAGCUCCAAUAAUAUUUCUGGUUUGAUUCCUUCUGGGAUCUGCCAAGACCCUAGGAACAGCUUGCAAGUGUUGUGCCUUCAGAAUAAUUUGUUCACGGGUCCAAUACCAGAGAGUCUAAGUAAUUGUUCGCAGUUGGUUUCACUUGAUCUUAGCUUUAAUUAUUUGACUGGGACUAUUCCCUCCAGCUUGGGGUCCUUGUCAAAACUCAAGGAUUUGAUCAUGUGGUUGAAUCAACUCCGCGGGGAAAUCCCACAAGAGUUGAUGUACCUGUCGAAUUUGGAAAAUAUGAUUCUUGAUUUCAAUGACCUGACGGGUUCAAUCCCUGCUAGUCUUAGCAAUUGCACGAAUUUGAACUGGAUUUCAUUGUCAAAUAACCAUUUGAGUGGUGAGAUACCUGCUUCUUUGGGUCUUUUGAGUAGUCUUGCAAUUCUGAAGCUCGGAAACAAUUCAUUCUCUGGUAGUAUUCCGGGGGAACUAGGUGACUGCCGUAGCUUGUUAUGGCUGGAUCUUAACACUAAUUUUCUGAAUGGGACCAUCCCACCAGCUCUGUUCAAGCAAUCUGGCAAUAUCGCGGUGGCAAUGCUCACAGGGAAGAGGUACAUUUACAUCAAGAAUGAUGGAAGCAAACAGUGCCAUGGAGCGGGGAAUUUGCUCGAGUUUGGAGAGAUUAGACAGGAACAGUUGGACAGGAUUUCAACUAGGCAUCCCUGCAAUUUCACCAGAGUUUACAGAGGUACCAUUCAGCCGACAUUCAUUCACAAUGGUUCCAUGAUAUUUCUUGACCUUUCUUACAAUAAUUUGGAAGGAAAUAUUCCAAAGGAGCUUGGAUCUAUGUAUUAUUGUUCUGUACUUAAUUUGGGGCACAAUGAUCUCUCCGGACCUAUUCCUCAAGAGCUUGGAGGAUUGAAGAGCGUUGCAAUCCUCGACUUGUCCUACAAUAAGUUGAAUGGAACGAUUCCACAGUCUAUGAGGAGCCUCACAUCUCUGGGAGAGCUCGAUAUGUCGAAUAACAAUCUCUCUGGGAUAAUUCCCGAUUCAGCUCAGUUCAAUACAUUUCCAGAAUAUACAUUCGCGAAUAAUUCUGGACUUUGUGGAAUCCCUCUUCCGGCAUGUGGGUCUAAUGCAGCUGUAGGAAGUAGUCAGCAUCAGAAGUCUCGUAGAAGACGAGCAUCCCUCGCUGGCAGCAUGGCAACGGGGUUGUUGUUUUCCCUGUUUUGCAUCUUCGGGAUUGUAAUUGUUGCCAUCGAAAUUAGGAAAAGGAAGAGGAAGAAGAAGGAGGCUGCCCUUGAGGCCUAUAUGGACAAUCACUCCAACUCAGCAACAGCGACUGGCAAUUGGAAACUUAGUGCUCGAGACGCGUUAAGCAUUAACCUUGCAACUUUCGAAAAGCCUCUCAGGAAUCUCACGUUUGCAGAUCUUCUUGAAGCGACUAAUGGCUUCCACAAUGAUAGUCUUAUUGGCUCAGGGACUCCCGGAUACGUCCCUCCUGAAUACUACCAGAGCUUUAGAUGUUCGACGAAAGGUGAUGUCUACAGCUACGGUGUAGUAUUGCUCGAGCUUCUUACUGGAAAGCAGCCAACAGAUUCAGCUGAUUUUGGCGAUAACAAUCUUGUUGGUUGGGUAAAGCAACACGCUAAACUGAGAACAAGCGACGUUUUUGAUACCGAAUUGUUAAAAGAGGAUCCAAUCUUAGAGAUUGAGUUAUUACAACACCUAAAACUUGCAUGUGCUUGCUUAGACGAUCGACCUUGGAUGCGUCCGACGAUGAUUCAAGUCAUGGCAAAGUUCAAAGAAUUUCAAGCAGGCUCGGGUAUGGACAGUACUGCUUCCACGAUCACAGAAGAUGUCGGUUUUAGUUCAGUCGAAGGGGUAGAAAUGAGCAUAAAAGAAGGCAACGAGUCAUUCAAGAAUUUGUGA